GUGCGUUACUUUCCACUACAACAAAGUACUUUCCGAUCCACAUACCCGUUCUUCCUUGGCUUUGCCCUGCACCGUCCCAUCCGAGGCCGUGCCAUUCUCUCCACCUGCUGUUCCAUCGAUAUUUGCCGGUUGCAACCCACAGGCUCUCUGUUGACCCUCCGAUCUCACACCUCCCAACUUGAUACAUCAAUCCCGUCAUGACUGCCUCGCUCCCCACGGUCAUCGACACUGCUGCCGACCAGGCUGCCGCUGUCGUCUUGAAGAAGCUCCACCACCACCCCAUCAAGAAGCUCCUGGAGCAUCGCCGCACCUACCGCCCUUACCACCCUCUGAUUUCGAUCCACGAAUCUACCACCCUCGGCGAUGUGCUGAGGACGCUCUCGGAUCAUGCCAUUCUCGCUGUCCCUGUCUACUCCAUCCCAGAGGAGGAGCCCACCGGCAAGCAGUUCACCGGUAUCAUCUCGGUCUAUGACAUUCUCGCCUGGACCGUUUUCCAGAAAAUGUUUGACGGCCUGCACGUAUCCAAGCCGUCAGCCUCCAUCGACCUGGCCUCCUUCCAGCGGAUCCAGAAGGAGCAGGCCCACUACUUCGACACCCCUGUCAAGGUCCUGGUCGGCAUGACCUCCGAGUCCGUCGACUCGUGGACUCUGCAUUCGUCUGACCCCAUUUCGUCGCUGGUCCAAAUGUUUGCGACGGGGCGCUACCACCGCUGCCUGGUCAUCGACGAGGAUGCCCUGGUGGCCUCGGCCCUCCUUGACGACGACGGGCCCGGUCCCACGGCUCCCCCAACCGGCUCGUCCAUCACCAUGAUCACCCAGACAGACGUUAUUCGGUAUCUCUACGACAUGAGAAGCUCCAUCGACGUCUCGGCCGUCGAAACCAUAUUCUCGCUGCAUGCCUCGCAGGUCGAGGAGCUUCAGAAGCGUCAGGAGGACAACAAAAAGUCCAACGGACGCCGUGUCGUCGCCGUUCCUCAGAAUGUCUCGGCCCUUGCUGCCUUCCGCAUAAUGUACGAAAACAUGGUCCGUGCCGUCCCGAUCGUUGAUCCCCACAAUCGCAUCAUCGCCAACCUGUCGGCAUCCGACCUGCGCGGCAUCACCCCAGGCAAGCUCGACCAGCUGCUCCUUCCUGUGUUCGAGUUCCUCGAGACCGGCAUCCACCGGGAGCCCAACCAGCUCAAAGCCGACCAGCUCCGCGACGUCAACAAGUCUGCCCAGCUCGGCGAGGUCAUCGAGUCGAUGAUCGAUACGGGCAUCCACCGGGUGUGGGUCACCGGCUACCGCGACAAGAUCGCCGGUGUUGUCACCAUGACCGAUGUCCUGUGCGCCUUCGUGCCGGUCAGCCAGGCGCUCGAAGAAGAGUAGUUGGCUGUGUUUUGGGGGAAG